UCGACAGUUAAAAAUCGAAGCCAGAGAGAGAGACAGAGAUUACUGUUUGUUCAAUGUCACAUAUAGCCAAUGGAAGUAAUCUAGUGACGGCCAUGAAAUAUCGCACCUUUCUAUACCAAAUUUCCAUCUUCCACCAUUUUCGCUAACCUUCUCCCUCGUUAUCUCGCUUCCCCCCACGCACCCACACUCUCUGUAUUUCAUCCCCUUUGUGUUUCAAGAUUGCUUCUUUUUAAAUUUUUUUUUUUUGAAAAUAUUGGAUGGUUGUUUUCAUAUUUUUUUGCUGAUCUGAGUUUGGGUUUUUGUUGUUAUUGAAUGCGGGUUAAAGAGUCUGGUAUUUAGUCGGAGCCUUGGGGGAUUUUCUUCAUCUUGAUAUUGCGGGUGCUUAGAGGGUAUGCCGGUUUUGAUCAGAUGCAGGAAAGCGCGAUACCUUCCCCCUGCCGGCUCGAUGAUUCGCCUAUGUUUCGCCAGCAGAUGCAAUCUAUGGAGGACAAUGCUGAGGUAUUGAAGGAGAAAUGUUUAAAAUUUUGUAAAGGAUGCCGGAAGUAUACGGAAGGGAUUGGUGAAGCAUAUGACACAGACAUUUCUUUUGCUAGUGCCCUUGAAAUCUUUGGAGGAGGGCAUGAUGAUCCAACUUCUGUGGCAUUUGGAGGUCCUGAUAUGGUUAAUUUUUCAAUUGCCUUGAGGGAAAUUGGAACAUACAAGGAAGUUCUCCGAUCACAGGUAGAGCGUACACUAACGGAGAAGUUACAACAUGUUGCUGUGGUUGAGAUUCCACAGGUGAAGGAAGCUCGGAAGCGUUUUGACAAAGCUAAUGUCAUCUAUGAUCAGGCUCGUGAGAAGUUUUUGUCAUUGAGGAAAAGUACUAGGUUGGACAUAGCUGUGGCCAUUGAGGAGGAACUUUACCAGUCAAGAUCAAGUUUUGAGUAUGCACGCUUUAAUCUGUUUGGAGCUCUUACCUCUGUUGAGGCAAAAAAGAAGUUUGAGUUUUUGGAAGCUGUUACUGCUACAAUGGAUGCUCAUCUUCGUUAUUUUAAGCAGGGAUAUGAACUUUUGAAUCAGAUGGAGCCUUAUAUCAACCAGCUCUUGGCCUAUACACAGAAGAGCAGAGAAAGUUAUAUGUCUGAGCAGGCAGCUCUUAUGGAAAGGAUGGAAGAAUACCAAAAGAAAGUUGAUCAAGACAGUAAGCGGUCCUUUGGUGCUUCUCCGGAUCCUCCGAAUGGUGAUGCCAUACCGAUACAAUCCUUUCCCAGAAGUUCUCAUAAAGCGAUAGAAGCAGUAAUGCAGUCAACUGUAGAAGGAAAGGUACAAACUAUAAAGCAAGGAUAUCUCUCAAAACGUUCUUCUAAUUUGAGAGGUGACUGGAAAAGAAGAUUCUUCAUUCUUGAUAGCCGAGGAAUGCUGUACUAUUACCGUAAACAAUGGAACAGGAUAUCAGGAAAUUCCAAUACAAAUGCUUCAAAUAAAAGCUCUUCUUCAGAAUCGGGUUCAGGGCUGUUGAGUCGGUGGCUUUCCUCUCAUUAUCAUGGUGGUGUACAUGAUGAAAAAGCUGUUGCACGUCACACAGUAAAUCUGAUGACAUCAACAAUUAAAAAGGAUGCAGAACAAUCUGAUCUGAGAUUCUGCUUCAGAAUAAUAUCACCAACAAAGAAUUAUACUUUGCAAGCAGAGAGUGCAACAGAACAAAUGGACUGGAUUGAAAAAAUAACUGGAGUGAUUGCUUCUUUGCUCACUUCCCAGACAGCUGAGAGGUUUUGUCUCAGUCCCACUAGUGAAAAUAGUUCCAUUGCAAGUCCUCCCGAUAUUGAUCAAAGGGCAAUUGAAGAUAACUCAUCUGGUAGGAAUAUUGCCUCUAAAAACAUUAUGCGUCCAUCGAGAAGCACGCUGCAGAUACCUGUCUACAUGCAGACAGGAAAACUGGUUGACACAUUAAAGAGUUUGCCAGGGAAUGAUAUAUGUGCUGACUGUGGUGCUCCCGAACCAGAGUGGGCAUCUCUCAAUCUUGGUAUUCUAAUAUGUAUUGAAUGUUCUGGUGUUCACCGAAACCUUGGUGUACAUAUAUCAAAGGUAAGAUCCUUGACACUUGAUGUUAAAGUCUGGGAGCCUUCUAUCAUCACUCUGUUUCAUGCAUUGGGUAAUGCUUUUGCAAACUCUGUAUGGGAGGAAUUGUUGCAAGUGAGCACAACAUUUCAGGAUGAUGAGAUACCAGAGUGGUUUGUUGAGCUGGAUAAACGCAAGCAGUUUUCCCCCAAACCCAAUCACAAUGAUCAAAUCUCAGUGAAGGAGAAGUUCAUUCAUGCAAAGUAUGCAGAAAAAGGUUUUGUUCACAAGGAAAAUAACAGUGUGAACAUGCUCUCAGUUGCUGAACAGCUGUGGGAAGGUGUUCGUACGAAUGACAAGAAAGCUGUAUACCGUCUUGUUAUUGUUUAUGGAGCAGAUGUUAAUGGUAUUAAUGGAAAUGCAUCAGCUGGUAAAUCUUUGACUCUUGCACUUGCGAUGAAAUUAGACCAACUAUCAGAUUCAGACGUGAAGCCCAACUUCAACUGCACAGACAGCAAGUCUUCUUCUUGUUUCUUUGAUGCUGAAGGCAGUGAAGAUUAUUACAUGAAUGAUUAUCUUGAUGGCUGUUCCCUGCUUCACCUCGCCUGCCAAUUGGCUGAUAUUGCCAUGGUCGAGCUGCUCCUACAGCACGGUGCAAAUAUAAACGCUUGCGACUCAAGGGAUCAGACGCCACUGCAUCAUAGUAUCAUCAGGGGAAGAAUUGCGGUUGCCAAACAUUUACUUUCCAGAGGGGCUGAUCCAAAUGCCACUGAUAAGGAUGGCAAGACUCCUUCUAAACUGGUUACAGAGUUGGCGCUGGGUGAUGUAGAGUUGCUUGGACUCCUCAAACUCACAAACACCACAUUGCAAUGCACUUAAACAUCUGGGAAUCGCUUGCACAUGCCUUUUCCACCAAACAACCCAAUUCAAUUUUGCAGUACAAGUCAGACUGUCCAAAAAUCAUCAAAUUCUAAUCCAUUUUUUCCCCUUCAAUUUUGACUGCCAUCCUUUGAGGAUCGAUCUUAUACAAGUAGCACGCACAAUAUUAGCUGUAUAUACACCUUUUUUGCAAUAAGCUCCCAAGAAUUGUGUCAACUCUUGAUCAUAAUUAGUAUUCUCUGUGAUACAGCUGGGAACUUUGGAUUGUUGUACAAUCAUAUACAAAAAUAAAGUACUAAUUUCAUUAUUUUUUAUU